GGGGAUGGGAUCCUUUGAUAGUACUGCUUUGUCUUCCUUUUUAUAUUUUUAACUCUGCAUAGCAUUUUGUUCUCAUCAGAUUUGUUGUCAUUUUUUCCUCAAUUUCAAAACCACAGUUAAGUUGGUCUUCUGAUUCUGACUUGGACAUUAUUUUUGCAAAUGAGUCUUCAAGCAAUUAAAGAAGCUCUAUUAACCAAAUGUAUACAGGUUUAUGGCAUUGCAAGGCAGUUGAAAAUGACAUGAUCUUGCCAGUAGAUGGUGUACUUUACAUGGGACUGGGCAUUUAUUUACAGACGUCUUUGCUUUUGUCGGGGGUAAAACGCCAAUUGUUGAUCUUGGUAGUCUCUUAGAAUGAAUAUGAUUUUUUUUCUUAAUUAUGACUAAAUGGAGAAUGCUAUUUCUUUGCAUUUGUUGCAUUCUCUCCCACCUAGGUCAAGGGAUAUCCUUUCCCACCCUUCCCUUUUCCGCCAAACAGCAGAGGUUCCACUGUUAGGAAACGGACACUGUGUUCUAGUCACUGCAUAUUCUUAAAACCCUGUCGUGUUUCCUUAUUAAUCUUUCACUUGGCAUGUAACAGUGCAAUGACGUCUCCGAUCAUCCAGCUUAAUAUUAAACAUUUAUUUACACCAGAGUCUACUCGCCCUGUCCUCUCGCGCAUGACGUCAUGGUGGGAGCGCGCUCUUGGAGCUGUUCACGUGACUUUUCAAACACGUUCACGCGCUCACUCAGAGACGCUCACUUCUCAACGGACAGCUCGAAGACUUCACUACUCACACUGAGUUCAGGUUCUCAGUGACAGAUAUAACCAACCUAUUUUUGUUUCCUCUUCAUUAUUUUGGUUGGGAAACUCUUUCUCUCGAGGACAGAAAAUUUCUACAGUGAAGUAUUUUUCAAGAAUGUAGCUGGAGCAGUGGGAAACAUCCUGAACUGCCAGUGGAAAUGGAAAAUAGUGUCAAAGCGGACCACUGCGGUCUGAAUCCUCAAACGAGUGGCUCUUAAUGUGCAUUUAUAUCAAAUUCAUAAUUAUUACACCUUAAAGCGUUCCGUACUUAUCCCAGUCGUUGAACGAGGAUCCAGUUGUGAGGAAAAUGAUCUCUGAGGAGCGAAGCAACCAGUUUAACAAGCAAGCGCUCGGUUUUCCUAUUGGAUUAUUAAUCCGGUCCCCGAAAAAACGGCUCGCAACGCUGGGGAGGAAGCCCAGCAAUGGCUCUCUACAAUCCAACACGUCUGAAUGCACGACUCGAUCUGCUGAGAGUGCUGGUGUCAGGCAGCCAGCCAGAAGUAAGAUUCGCCGGCACAACAACAAGCUGGCCACAGUGUUUAACCGGAGUCCUCUUCUGCGGGACAACGGACCAGGGCGCCUUGCAGGAAAUCUCGAGUUGAACGAUGACCCCACUGAGCUGUCCAGUCAACUGUCUGCCCCAGGGAUCUUAAAAAUAUUUGGCAGUGACAUCUGCCAAGGGGCUAAUUACAAGAGCGUGCUGGCCACGAAUCGCUCCAGCGCCAGGGAGCUGGUUAAAGAGGCCCUUGAGAGAUACUGCCUUGAAAAGGAAGAUCCAGAUGCAUAUGUCCUCUGUGAUGUAAUUGGGCGGACUGGAGUAGCCCACCAGUGGCAGACAGAGUGCCUUCGGGUCAUUGGUGACAACGAGAAACCCCUCAUACUACAGUCCCUUUGGAAACCCAAAGAAGGAUUCUGCAGAAGGUUCGAGAUCCACAAAAGAACAAAUAUUGAAGCUCGUAAUGCCAAAGACAGAGACACAAUCACUGCAGGCCUCAAUGCCCAUGUGCGGAAGCUACAGAAAGUCCAUUCAAGGGUUACGUCACUCUUUGUGGAUGGGAGCAGUGGGGAUAUGGACAGCGUCGGUAUCUGGAGGAGCCUGAGUGACAUGGACCUCUCUGCCAUGGGUAAGGAGGCCUGCAGGGCUAAUAAAGGAGGCACUCUGCAGGAGGAUCCGGAGGCUGAAGCUGACUUGGAGGGACGCUGCCUCAUCACAGAGAAGGAAGAGACGGAAAGCAGUGAUGACAACACAACACAGUACUCCAUCCACCCACCGUUUGAUUUUCCCUACUUUCUUCUCCUUCAAGGUUACAGCCACAGACAAGACUUUGUGAUCUACCUGAUGAGUGGGAACAGCUGUGUGUUUGGCUGCUGUGCUGGGCAUGGUGAGGAUGGAGAGCAGUUGAAGGUGGAUUUUGUGCUCUAUGCCCCUGAUGUGCUUCCCCAGCACUGCUGCGUGCAGCACCUGGAUGUUCCCAGAACCCAAGCUGAUGGUAGCAGGAGAACUUCAACCCUACUAAAGCCCCUCCAUGGAGCCUCCGUAACCCACAACGGUGUGCAGUUAAAGGGCGAAGCUGAACUCUUUCCAGGUGACCUAAUAGGCUUGGGCCAGCAUUACCUCUUCAUGUUUAAGGACCCCACAGCACCUGACGUCCAGCGGAUACCUACCUGGAUGGCCAGUCUUUCUCCCCCAGCUUCCGCCUCACCCUGUAAUGCCUGUGGUUCCUCUGUAAGAAGGCACAGGACCAGCAGGAGGGUCCCAGCCUGCUGGAGGGACCCGGACGAGAGGGUGCUUUCUCUUACCUAUGAACUGCACCAAGAGGACCAGGUGCUGGAGAAGAUCCUCACCAUGGUGGACCCUAGAGGACCACAGCCCAAAUUAAUUCCGGCCUUCCUGCUCUGUUUGUGCAUUCAGCAUUCGGCUGCUAGCUGGGAGAUGACAAACUUCCGCAAACUGUUGCUGCAAUUCGCAAACAAGAUCCAGCUUGCCAUGUGGGAGAGAACAAAAGAGCUUGCAGCGCUUCAGCCAGACAAUGGAGCAGGAGACGGACAGCCAGAGACGGAGGCGAUUUGUCUCUUGAGCAUGGCUGAGCUGAUCCCAGGCCUGCAGCCACUCGUGUUAUGGAUGGCCAACUCCAUUGAACUGUUGCAUUUCAUUCAGCACGAGGUGCCCCUUCUCCUGCCAUGGACACAGCAAGAUGAAGAGCAGGACAAAGAAUUGUUAAAUUCUCAGAUCUUGUCUACACGUACUGCCAGUGAGGAGGCCAUGACUGUCCUAGAGGAAGUCAUCAUGUUCACUUUCCAGCAGACUGUCUAUUACCUUACAAGAAGAUUGUAUUCAGUGCUACCAGGAUUGCUAGAUAGUAACCCUUUCUCUGAGAAUGGACAGCUGCGCAUGCCUGUGGGUGUCAGCAACAUUCUGGAUGUCCUAAAGGAGGCAUUGCAGCUGCUCAACACCUUUGAGGUUCACUCAGAGAUAUCCUCACAGCUCUUGGCCUAUCUCUUCUUCUUCACCAAUGCCUCACUCUUCAACAUCCUUAUGGAGAGAGGUUCAGGAGGUGGGUUCUAUCAGUGGUCCAGAGGAGUACAGAUCCGAGCCAACCUAGAUUUAUUGAUGGACUGGACCCAGAGUGUUGGUUUGGGCGACCUGGCAGCGGAGUUCUUCCAGAAACUCUCCUCAGCGGUCAACCUACUGGCCACCCCUAAGGAGAAUUUACUACAGACCUCCUGGCUGUCUCUUAGAGCUGAGUUCCCUCACCUCAAUCCAGCACAGCUUCAUCAUAUGCUGAGAGAAUACAGCUCCAGCAGGGCCUGUCCCUCCUGCUGGACCCCCUCCCCAGAUGAAGCAGAAUCUGCCCUCCAAACCUCUGAAAUUCUGGAGAGCUUCGACAAUCAUCCUCCACUUAUCCUGCCCAACAGCACCUUUCACUUGGAGCUGGGGAAGCCCAUCACAGAGCUUGCUUUCUUGUCCCACCUUAAGAGCCUGCAGGAGUUCAUCCACAACCUCCCUUUCAACCAGAUACAAAAUGAACCACAACCACUGCAGGACAACAGCACUGACCUGAUGGAAGCUACACAAAUAGCAUCUUCCCCAUCCAGCUCAGAACUGGAGUGCCUUGGGUCCAUCAAAGCCACCAGUCCAACCACUCAAUGUGGUUAUAUAGCAGAGCAACAGCAGUGCUUGUCUGCCUCACCUCCUCAGCUCAGAGGCUUCCACAAUGCUCUAGGUUCCUAUGAAGCUCUCUUGUCUCAGAAGCUGAAGAGCCUGGAGCUCCAGAACCGCUUGCCUGGGGAAACAGACCUGCGUGCACACAAGAGCCUGGCCUUGGACCCGUCCUGCCUACUCACCCCACCCAACACACCCCAAGGCCUGGAGCUCUCUGAACUCGAGGCCAGCCUACAAGAACAGGCGACACAAAACACCAAAGAGAAUGGUCUUAGAGGAAAUGCAGAUGAGAUGAGAGAAAUAGAAGAGGAUGAGGACGAGCGAGAUGAGGUGUUCACAGUAGAUGUGUCAAGAGGACCUCAUGGCCUCGGCCUGGCGCUGGUGGACGGACUGAAAUCUCCACUGGGGAUGAAUGGGAUAUACAUAAAGUCAGUAGUGCCAGGCUCGCCAGCUGCUCAGUGCCAGAAGCUCAGGCUUGGUGAUCGUAUCCUGGCUGUGAACGGAGUCAGUCUUGUAGGCAUGGACUACCAGAUUGGUAGGGAGAUCAUCCGGACAUCAGGAGAUUCUCUCCGGUUGCUAGUGGCCAAAACUGAAGCCAGAAGCAGUGGCAGGAGCUCCAGCACCAGAUGCUAAAACAGUGGGGGACUCUCCUGUUUCCACUAAGGGUUUUCAGGACAAACUAUUGGACUUUUUGUACUUUCACCACCAAAAUCAGACCUUUUACUCUUCCGAGCUGCUGGCUGAGGUCCUCAGACUUUUGUUUUUUAAACCAAAAAAAAAAUUUAAUUGGGAGUAUCAAUGGAAUACCAAAUAAAAUACCAAAAAUUUACUGAAGACUUUAGUGAGACAUGUUUUCUUCUAAGUUUGGGAUUUGAACUCCCUGUGGGUGACGUUUUAAUCAUGUCUGCUUGGAUGCAAAAAAUGCAUACCAAAUGACUUAAAACCAAUGUUUAAUGCAGUAAUUUAAUUCAGUAUUCAUCUCUUUGUCAUCGGCAUUAAAUGGAACACAAUUCAGGUUUGUCUGGAAAUGGCUGUGGCUCAGACUUUAUCCUGUUGUUUGUUUGCCUGUUUUAGCAUCAGUGAGCAAAACACUUAUCCUACAUAUGCAGACACAUAUACGCAAUAUUACAGUAAUAUCAAUGAAAAAUUAUUUUAUAUUUUUGUUCAAUAUAUGUUAACCAAAGUCUGGCUUGUAUCAAGUACUGCUUUUAAUUUGUUCUGGUCAGAGCAAAGUAUUUCUGUUGAAUAUGCUCAAAGCCAUGGAUCAAAUUUCCAGCUACUAGUCUUGUCUGUUUCGCAGCAGGCAUUAACGAGCAUCAUGUGAUAUACAUUCAAUGGUAUAUUUUUUCUCAGUGCCAGAGAAACAGUGUUACAUCAUUACUGAUAUGGUAGAAAAGUAUUUUGUUUGUGAUUUGUAUAUUCUUUUCUAUUCUGUGUAAUAUUUAAAUGUGAAAUAAAUAUUGCUCAUUUUUAAGGUG